UAAGUAGUUAAAUGUCAGCAGUUUUAUAAUCGACGCUCACAAGUGAAUCCUAUUACUUAUUUUCGUCAGCACACACUGAAGUGACACUGAUGCCACUAACUGUCUCAUUUCUCCUCUUAUCACUUAUACUCACAUUGUGCAGUGCUAAAUCAAAUACCACACAGACAUUUACCAUCUUCAUGUGAAACAUUCUAGCCGCGACACAGCAAGUCAGAAGACCUGAUGUAUUUGAGACCGCGAACAUAACAGUACUCAACUGCUAUAAUGUUUCAAUAUGUUGAACUCUGGGCUCCAUACACCCUCAGUGAAGUCUCCUCAGAGUCCUUUUGUUGUCUGCACCUCUUGAGUCGUAGCUAUUGGAUCAGGCGGUGCUGAGAAAGUGACUGGAUAAAUCCCUCCGUGAGGAUCUGGGUAGGUCUGUAGGUGAGUGAGAGUCGCGUCCUGCUGAGAUACAAUCAUGGUGGAGGAAAUGCACUUGUAGUUUUCUUUUUUUGUUCUUCCUGACCUUCUCUUGUCGCCAUGGACAUCGGUGGCCUGACGACGGUGGUGGCUAACUCGGCCUACAUCUCUGCCCGGGCCAGUUUUGAUGGCACCACCAACCCUGCAGCCAACCGAGACAAGAAGUACCGCGAUCGACUGGCGCUCCCGCACAUCACUGUGUGUGAGGGUCUGAGAGAAACCUUAGAUUUGGACUUCCAGUCCGUCUGUGUCGAGCAACCCAUUGGCAAGAGACUUUUCCAGGAGUUCCUUGAGUCCAACAAGGAGUACAGAGGUGUGUGUCACCUGUGGAAGGAUGUGGAGCAGUACAACAUGGCAGAAGACGAGGACAGGCUCCAGACAGCCGGGAAGAUUUUGACUCGCUACAUGGAGCCAGACGCUAAGUAUUUCUGUCCCUUCCUCCCGAAAAACUGCAUCGCAAAGGUUAAAGCUCAACACCAGGAUGCUGGCGGGGAUCUAUUCAAGGAAAUCUCGGACGCCUUGAUGGACUUUCUCAAAACGGUGCCCUUCGCUUUCUUUCAGGACAGCAUGUAUCUGAAAAGGUUCCUGCAGUGGAAGUGGCUGGAGACUCAGCCCACAGAGGAGGACUGGUUUUUGGAUUUCCGUAUUUUGGGGAAAGGAGGUUUUGGGGAAGUGUCGGCAUGCCAGAUGAAGGCGACGGGAAAACUGUACGCCUGCAAGAAGCUCAACAAGAAGAGGCUGAAGAAGAGGAGAGGGUAUGAGGGGGCGAUGGUGGAGAAGAGAAUCCUGGCUCGAGUCCACAGCAGGUUCAUCGUGUCACUGGCCUACGCUUUCCAGACCAAAACUGAGCUCUGCCUCAUCAUGACCAUCAUGAACGGGGGAGACUUGAGGUACCACAUAUAUAAUGUGGAUGAAGACAACCCAGGAUUUGGGGAGCAGCGGUCCUGCUUCUACACCGCUCAGAUUAUCCAGGGCCUGGAGCAUCUCCACCAGAAGAGAAUCAUCUACCGAGAUCUUAAACCUGAAAAUGUGCUGCUGGACAACCGAGGUGAGAGGCUGCUGUGUACCUUGCUAUACAGAGACAAACGCCAACUCUCUUCCUCUCUCGCAGGAAACGUCCGCAUCUCUGACUUGGGUCUGGCUGUUGAGCUGGCGGAUGAUCAGUUCAGAACCAGAGGCUACGCUGGCACCCCAGGUUUCAUGGCGCCUGAGCUGCUCAGAGGCGAAGAGUACGACUUCUCUGUGGACUACUUUGCCCUCGGAGUGACUCUGUAUGAAUUCAUGGCAGCGAAGGGACCCUUCCGAACCAGAGGGGAGAGGGUUGAGAACAAAGUUCUGAAGAAGCGGAUCCUGGACGAUCCAGUCCUGUACCCGCAGAGUUUCAGCGACAAGGCCCGAUCCAUCUGUGAGGGCCUGUUGUUCAGAGACGUGGACAAGAGGCUGGGCUUCAAGGAUGGGUCAUGUGAUCUGCUCAGAGCACACCCUUUUUUUGAGACCAUCAACUGGAGGAAGCUGGACGCAGGAAUCCUCCCGCCGCCGUUUGUUCCAGACGCGAAGACGGUGUACGCCAAAGACAUAGACGAUGUCGGGGCGUUCUCCACGGUGAAAGGGGUUCAGCUAGAACUGAAAGACAACGAUUUCUUCAGCGAGUUUGCGUCAGGGAACAUGUCCAUCCCCUGGCAGGAGGAGAUGAUCGAGACUGGCAUCUACAGCGAGCUGAAUGUGUGGGGACCCAACGGGACAGUCCCCAAUGACCUGCGCAGAGAAUCCAUCCUGGAGCAGAAGCCCAAGUCCUCCACCUGCACCGUGUCGUAGGAGCGGUAACUCAUCCAUCUGAGCCUUGUUUUUUCACAUAUGAAGCAGUGAUGACCGACUCUCUUUCUAUUAGCAUGAAACUCAGGAGUUCUGUAAAUAUUCCAGAUGAAUUUCCAACACAUGCUGUUUGAACACUCAAUGCUGUAGCUGCUUUAGCUAGUGUUUCGUAUCGUUGCUCAACACACAAUGAUCUGCUUGUCACCUCAUUGUCUAGCACACUUUUAAAGUUCAUAACUUCCAUUUGGUGAGCUGGUUUCACUGUUUUGUACGUCCAUCAAUUGUUUGUUAUUUAUUUUAUGCAGUCUUGUUAUGCCAUGAUGUUUUGAGAAUAAGCUAAAUAUAUUUUUGCUCAUAUUAUUUCAUUGUUAUAUACAUUUUAUAUAAAUAGGAUUCUGAAAAAAUCCUCAUUCACUCACACUAUAAUAAAAUGAAACACAGCCUCUUUCUUUCCGAAUAGUCUUUUUCAGAAUAGCUCUUUCUUUCUAUAUUAGUUUUAAUUUUAUUUUGAUAUAUUUUGAGGGAUAAGAAAUCACAAAAAAUCUUAGCUAAGUUAAAAAGAAAUGAAGAAAAGGGGACGUGCAGGUGGGAUCAGAGCCAACCCUUGUCACCCUGGUCAUGCACCUCUGGCAGGAGGCUGCGGUCAAUCCAGACCAGAACCUCCCAUCACAGGAACAGCUUCUUCCCCUCGGUCGCCAGACUGUUGAAAUUGUGAACAGGUCUUGUUUAUUUAUUAAUUACUUCUAUUAUUGUUGUUUUUUUUUGUCAAUGUUGUCGUUCAUAUAUGAUAUUUUAUUUUAUAUUUUAGUAUUAUUUGUGUAUUUUGUUCAUUAUUGCACAAUGUACUGAAGCACUUUCCUAGUUGGUGGGAUCUUCACUGAC